AUGCCCGAAGGCGAGGCUUCACAGGCUCAGAGUCAGGCGCAAGGUGCCUCUAGAGGGGCUUCACGAGCUCGUAGAGGCAGGGGUCGUGGUGGCAGAGGACGAGGGCAUCACACAGGUUCCACUCAAGGAACUCAAGGGCAGCUAGCCUUACAGACCGAGAGUUCAGAGAACCCUCCAACAUCCACUGCAGCUCCAUCACAGCAGGAAGCAGCAUCCUCGUCAAACCCUUCAAGAUCAUCUCGCGGAGGAAGAGGCGGCAGAAGAGGGCCGCGGCAGGGCGAGCGAGGUGGCGCCAGGCAAAGCGCCCCUCGAGGUCCGCAGCCGGGCCCGACGCGGCGAUUUGGCGGUCACCUCACCGUUGAAGCGGACGAAACGCCAUCAGAUGCUCUUUCAUUAAGUGCGGAAGCUCCUGAGUUUGUUCCUGGUCAGCCAGUAUUGCCGAGGGCCAAGCCAAGGCAGGCUGAGACCUCUAAACAGUCUGAGGUGAAGCUUCCAAAGUCAACCGCCGCAGACCUUGGAACCAGGAUUCAUGAGGACAUUAGCCAUGGAAACUAUGAGUGCGCAGUGUGCACGGACGAGGUCCUUCGCAAGUCUCACGUGUGGUCUUGCAAUGUUUGUUGGACAGUUGUUCAUCUCAAGUGUGCCAAGAAGUGGUACCACAACCAAAUGAAGCAGAAUGCUGCCCGGCCGCCAACAGAGUCUCAGCCGGAGAAUUUAUGGAGAUGCCCGGGAUGUAAUUCCAAGCUGUCCGAUGAACCGGGCUCGUAUCACUGCUGGUGUGGGAAAGAUAUCAACCCGAGGCCCUCAAGCACAUCGCUCCCGCCGCAUUCUUGUGGGCAGACAUGCUCAAAGCCUCGAGGAACGUGCCCACAUCCUUGCGGCCUUCAAUGUCAUGCCGGGCCAUGUCCCCCGUGUGGUCUUGUGGGCCCUACGCAGUCUUGCUUUUGCGGGAAGAAUACCUCACAGAAGCUGUGCAGAGAGACCGACUACGAAAAUGGUUGGAGCUGCCAGGAGAUCUGCGGUGAUCUUUUGCCCUGCGGAGAGCACUUUUGCCCAAACCCAUGUCAUCCCGGACUCUGUGGAGAUUGCGAUCUCAAGGUUGAAGCAAAGUGUUACUGCGGGCGUGUCGAGAAGAAAAUCCCUUGCUUCGAGCGGCAGGAUGUGCAAUCUUCAUACAGUGUAGAGGACGCCUCAUGGUUUGAGGGCUCCUUCAGCUGCCUCACGCCUUGUGAGAGGAAAUUCGAUUGCGGGACUCACAGCUGCUCUGCGACGUGCCACGCCCAGGAUGAGCAUCCGGCCCAUUGUCCCUAUUCCCCCGACGUGGUUACCCACUGCCCUUGUGGCAAGACACCUCUUGAGAAUUUUCUGCAGGCUCCAAGGCAAUCUUGCGAAGAUCCGGUUCCUCACUGUGAUAGAGUUUGUGAAAAGCUCCUCCCUUGUGGCCACCUAUGCAAGGCCAAAUGCCACACCGGUGACUGUGGAUUCUGUAUGGAGGUGAUUGAUAUUUCGUGUCGAUGUGGCCGAACCACAUCUACAUCCGUCUGUCACCAGGGAGAUGUCCAACAGCCGUGGUGCAUGAGAACAUGCCAAGCGAAUCUGAGCUGCGGCCGUCACAAGUGUGGCGAGCGCUGCUGUCCAGGAGAGAAGAAGGCUGCGGAGAGGCAGGCAGCGAGCAAAAGGAAAAAUCGACCGGCAGCAGAAUCUGCCGUCGAAGCCGAGCACAUCUGCAUCAGGACGUGUGGACGGCCGCUGAAAUGCCGCAGCCAUGACUGCCAGCAGAUAUGCCAUCGCGGAGCAUGCGCAAGCUGCCCCGAAGCCAUUUUCCAUGAGAUCAGUUGCAACUGUGGCCGAACGGUGCUUCAGCCGCCACAGCCCUGCGGGACUCACGCUCCCGAGUGUCGAUUUAACUGCCCGAGGCGACCAGCUUGCGGACACCCGCCCGUUGAGCAUAACUGCCAUAUGGACGACAUAUCUUGUCCCAAGUGCCCGUUUUUGGUAGACAAGUGGUGUGCUUGCGGCAAGGAGAAGCUGCACAGCCAGCCCUGCCACCUUCAAGCAGCGCACUGCGGUCGACCUUGCGGGAAGAGCUUGAAGUGCGGGCCAGGAGAGUGCGAGGAUAGUGCCAGUUCUAGUCAGACCUGCGGCCAAGUCUGCGGCAAGACUAAGCUGUUCUGUGACCAUGCUUGCCAGAAUCCAUGCCAUGGUCAGACUCCUUGCAACGAAUCAGCCCCUUGUACAGCCAAGACGACUACCGCUUGCCCCUGCGGCCUGCGUAAACAGGACGUCAAGUGUCUCGCCAGCAGCUCCAAUCCCACGCCAUCUCGUCCCGAGCUUAAAUGUGACGACGAGUGUCUUCGCUUAGAGCGAAACAGGCGUCUUGCCGCGGCUCUCAACAUUGAUCCCGCCUCUCACGCCAACGAUCACGUUCCCUACUCGGAUACGACUCUUCGUCUUUUCAAGGAGAAUCUUUCCUGGGCAGAGACUCAGGAGCGCGAGUUCCGGGUCUUUUCCAAGAGCCCCAACGAGCAGCGACUGAGAUAUAAGCCGAUGCCUAACCAUCAACGACAGUUUUUGCAUGUGUUGGCCCAAGACUACGGUCUGGAGAGCAAAAGCGAGGAUCUCGAGCCGUAUCGCUACGUCGUCGUAUGGAAAGGCGCCAAGUUUGUCUCUGCGCCGAGCAAGACCCUGGCGCAGUGCGUCAAGAUUAGAGACUCUCAGGCGGCAGAAGCAGCUGCCGCAGCCGCUGCCAACUCGAGAGCCCCGACUCCUCCCCCGCUUGUCAUAGUUGAUCCGUUCAACGCGUUUCUCCUCACUUCUCCUCGGUUUGGUCUUACCAUGGAAGAUGUCGACGCUGCUAUUCGUGCCGACCUCGCGAGCCAGACGGCCUUUCACUUUAAGACGGCAUUCUUGCCUUCAGAUGAGAUUCUCAUCCGCGCCACGGCGCACUACUCCUCUUUCCUCACGCCUGCCGCCGUCGAGCAAGCCUUGCAGAACAUGAAACCUCGCCUCGAGAGCACAAUCAAGCGUCUUGAUGUCGCGGGCAACAUUUUGCUCUGCCACGUCGACGACAACGAGAACAUCUCGCGCAGGGAAGACAUUAGCAAGAACGACUCCUCGGGCUGGAGCGCCGUCGCGGGACGGGCCGCGGCGAAGAAGGACGAGGUCAAGGUGGAAACACCGGCGGCCUCGGGCGGCGGAUCUGGAAAACGACUGCUGCUUGGGUUGAAGAAGAAGAAGGCUGUGACGCCGAGUGCGUCUUGGACGGCGCAGCUUGAUGGGGAUGUUGAGUGUUGA